AUAUUUAUGGUUUAAAAACGCACGAUUUACACAUGCAGUGUUGUUUAGUGUUUUUUUCGUGUUCAUACGAGCUAGAAGGAACCUUUUUUGGGUGUUAAAUGUUUCAUCAAUUCCUAGGCCACCAUGCACCAACUAUAAUAACUGAAACCCAAAAUUAAUGGAUCCCAGCGAAAAACCGAGCAAUUUUAUGCAAGGCGGCCUUGUUUAAUUACAACUCCGGAUUAAGUUUAUACCAAUCGUUUGUCGCUCUCAAAAGUAACAUUAUACUGAAGAGAAUUUAACCGCUACCAUGGCUCUGAAUUUGUUGGGAUCCGUUCGGCGACUUUUGCAUUGGGGACCGCUGAUUGCAAUAGGCAUCAUCAAGUCUAUUACGAUCAUGACACUCUACAUGAACGCAAUGUGGUGGCCAGCGGAACGCUCAUUUGGAGGCUUCCUUAAUCAGGCCAUUUUUGUAAUGCUUUCUGCUAGCACCGGGUUCUACUUCCUCGCCGCCUCGGUAACGGGGCCACGGUUCUUGCCCUUGAAAUGGCGACCAAAAAACAAGAAAGAUGAAAGUUACCUACAGUAUUGCGACAUUUGCGAGGGCUUCAAGGCUCCCAGAUCGCACCACUGCCGGAAGUGCAACAGGUGCGUGAUAAAGAUGGACCAUCACUGCCCGUGGAUUAAUAAUUGUGUCGGUUGGGCGAAUCACGGCUACUUUACCUCGUUUCUCGGUUUUGCCGUGCUGGGAUGCCUGCAGGCCACCGUCAUACUCGGUGCAUCGCUGUACGUUGGUCUGUACCGUGACUGGUACUUGUACUAUGGCCAUUAUUCGAAGGUCUCCGUGCAGUUGACCGUUUGGAGUCUGGUGUUGUGUGUGUUCAACAUUGGCCUGGCCAUCGGUGUGGUCAUCACCGUCGGGGCGCUUUUCGUCUAUCAAAUGAGGGCCAUUCUCAACAACCGGACGGCGAUCGAGGAUUGGAUUCUGGAAAAGGCGCGCUAUCGCCAGGAGCGAACUAACGAACCAUUUGUCUAUCCGUACGAUGUGGGUCGGUGGGACAAUAUGAAACAGGUGCUCAAUCUAACGUGCACUGCUGCGGGCAAUGGAGUGGAAUGGACAGUCUCCGAGGGAUGUGAUCAGUUUACGCUGACGCGUGAACAAUUAGCACAAAAGCAUGAGAAACGGGCGCGUACCAGAACGUACACCAUUAUUCGGCCGGCAACGGGAAGUUGGUUUCCUUGUUGGUCACAGGGCAUUAAAGUGUGCCUUUCGCCACCAUUCACGGACGAGCCACGCAUUAGACUGGACAUAGGAGACGUCGUUCAUGUAACCCGGUGGAGAAAACACUGGCUCUUUGGCGAAAAACACCAAACACGACCGCUGGGAACGGAAGAGAAACCGAAGCGAGUUCGAGGAUGGUUCCCGCGACAAUGUGCCGUGGAGUUGGCGGAGCAGGAUGAAGCAAAUGAACAGCAGCAAUUUUUGAAUGAUGAGGGUAAAAAAAUUAAUUAGAUCCACAAACUGACACCAUACUAGACAGCAGUGGGAUGGGAACCCUGCUGAUAGUUUUGUAAAAUUGGCUAAGAAAAAAGUAAAACAAGACAAACAUAAAUUGCUAGCAAGG